AUGCGUUGGAAACCUACCCCAUGGAAGGAGAAAAACUCUGUUGGGCCCGUUGCAUCGUGCAUGCCCAUCCAGACCGUCUGUGUAAGACACGCGGUAAUGAAUGGAUGGGUGCAACCAGUUUUUUUCGAAUUUGACGGCAAAUUUUACAGGUAUCAAACUAGCAGAUGCAUGCUGGCGAAACAAAGGAUUUUAUCUUAUAUAUGAUGCUGUUAUAUUGAUCUGAUUUUAGUUUUUGUUAAAGAAUAUAUAGAAGCCUUUUGUUAUACUUUAUUUUCAUGCUGCUAGUUUACAUGGUGCCGGGACUACCAUUGGACCAGACAAAUCACUAGUUGGCACCACCAUUGGACCAAACUAAUCACUUGUUGGCACCACCAUUGGACCAAACUAAUCACUUGUUGGCACCACCAUUGGACCAAACUAAUCACUUGUAGAAUUUUUUUUUUUUUAAUGAAGUUUGAUACAUUUAUUUGGUGUCAGCUGGUGAGACCAUUUAAAGUUGGCCCAAGCAUGAAGUUGCAUGUGUAAUCCUUUUGUUUCACUUGCAGCCUAUGGUUGUGAGGCAGAAAUUUUUUGAAAGUGACUCCCAAGAGUUUUAGUAUCUUAUGGUUGUGAAGUUCUGAAAUUUACACAAUCUAAAAUAAGCAACUGGAGAUUAGUUGUCCCCUAUUUAAAUAUUCCCAUGGGAAAUAUCACCAAUUCUUGGCGGAGAUUCCAUGGAUCCAACUUAGAGCCGUUGGAUUCUACCCCCCAAGAUGCAGACGCAGAAUCCACAUCAGCCCCGAGGUUAUACUUUUGACCUGAGAGUUAUAAAAAACUCAAUGAUGAAAACAAUAAUAAGGAAAAAAAAAAAAAAAAAUUAAAGGGCAGUUAGGGAAGUUGAGCUUACAUGGGUCCUACUUAUUUUGUCAAAAAUAGGUGCACGUAUAUGAAUGCAGUAUAUACACUCACCACCCUUGUCUUCAAGUUUCAAACCUCACCCACCCCGAUUCACUUCAAAGUUCCAAACCUCACCUCACUCCUGCCUGACAAAGUCUCUAAAUGGAGAUUCCGGUGAACCUCCUUCCCAUCGAUGCAAGCCCAGGGUGGAUGAACAAAGGUGACAAUGCAUGGCAACUGACGGCGGCGACAUUUGUAGGGCUCCAGAGCGUCCCGGGCCUCAUCGUCCUCUAUGGUAGCAUCGUGAAGAAGAAAUGGGCGGUGAACUCGGCCUUCAUGGCCCUUUAUGCCUUCGCGGCAUGCUUGGUUUGCUGGGUCGGGUGGGGAUACAACAUGGCCUUCGGUGGCAAGUUCCUUCCAUUCGAUGGAAAAGUGGGCUUGGCAUUGGGCGACAAGUACCUUUUCCAACAGGCCUUUCUGGGCCGCUUCCCCAACGCAACCAUGAUAUACUUUCAGUUUGUGUUUGCAGCGAUCACCUUGAUCUUGAUUGCUGGGGCGUUGCUUGGAAGGAUGAAUUUCUAUGCGUGGAUGAUUUUUGUGCCUCUUUGGCUCACCUUUUCUUACACAAUUGGGGCAUAUAGCAUGUGGAGUCCCCAUGGCUGGCUAUUCAAGCUUGGAAUUAUCGAUUAUUCCGGCGGCUUUGUCAUUCACCUCUCUUCAGGUGUUGCUGGUUUCACUGCAGCUUACUGGGUGGGACCGAGGGCAAGCAACGAUCGAGAGAGGUUCCCGCCAAACAAUAUCAUCUUGAUGCUUGCAGGGGCAGGCCUACUUUGGAUGGGGUGGUCAGGCUUCAACGGUGGAGAUCCUUAUGCUGCCAGCAUAGAUGCAUCUCUGGCCGUCCUUAACACACACUUGUGUGCAGCCACAAGCUUGCUCACCUGGCUGUUCCUAGACAUUCUUUUCUUCGUAAAGCCGUCGGUCAUUGGUGCCACACAGGGCAUGAUCACCGGAUUAGUUUGCAUCACUCCUGCUGCAGGAGUGGUGCAAGGUUGGGCAGCCAUCAUAAUGGGACUAUUAUCUGGAAGCAUUCCAUGGUACACUAUGAUGAUCCUCCACAAGAAAAUAUGGCUACUCAAACAAGUUGAUGACACCAUGGCAGUCUUCCACACCCACGCUGUGGCCGGAACCUUGGGCGGCCUUCUGGCCGGCUUCUUCUCGGAUCCCAGACUGUGCCGCAUUUUCUUCUUGGUCGAGGAUUGGGAACACUUCAUAGGACUCGUCUAUGGCUUUCACAAUGGUCAAAUCAGGGCAGGUUUCAAGCAAAUGGGGAUUCAAGUGUUGGGAAUUGCAUUUGUUAUUUGCUUGAACGUGGUAACAACUAGCCUGAUAUGUUUGCUGAUUAGGGUUGUGAUUCCGCUUAGAGUGACAGAUGAUGAGUUGAAGCACGGGGACGACGCCAUUCAUGGGGAGGAGGCCUAUGCACUGUGGGGUGAUGGGGAGAGGUAUGACAACUCUAAGCACAAUUCUGUUUUUGGGAUCGACGAUUGUCCUGCCGCGCCAUUCGCACCCGAAACUACAAGGGAAGUUCAAACCGCUUGAACUCCAUUACCUUCACUUGUAUCUACUAAACUACUACUCCACAUUUGAUCAAUAAACAAUUGAUCUGAAUUACUUACUUUAGUAUUCAUAUUAAUUAAUUGUCCAUGUAAAAUAUACACGCGCGCGAGAUCAACAGGACUAAGACAAACAUCUUCUUCUUUAUUUUAUUUUAUUUUUUUUUAAUUGGUACUCACAUGUAUAUGUCUCUAGUUGAUACUCACACACACGUCUUGAAUCUUGAACUUUCUUUGGAAGGUAAGAGGCCGAUACCGUUAGAUCACUUGCCUGUGAAUACUAGGCGAGCUGGUAAAUUAUGAACAAAAAGGAAGAAGUAAUAGUGUUUUUCAUGAUCCCAUCAACAGGUGAAACUGCCACAUGAUCUCAUCUUUCCUUGGCAGAUCGAGAAGGAAGUUUAGAUCAAGCUGGCAGCUUCAACUGUCAGUGGUUCACGGUCGAUAACUUGGUAAACGCUCCAUCUUGCACUGUUGUGUAGUAGUAGUGUGUGUGUGAGAGAGAGAGAUUCAUUUGUGUCAGGGAUGCUUGUAGUAGUGUGUGUGUGUGAGAGAUAGAGGGAGAGAUUCAUUUGUGUCAGGGAUGCUAGCCAGAGAUGAAAAGAUCCCUUGCCUAUGUACUAGUUUUAUA